ACGAAGACACGGCACGUUUCCCGCUAAGACUAAACCAUGGUUCAGAGCUAUGAAGCGAAUGUCCAAUAUUCGGCUGCUCUGAAGCUGUCGCUCCUCUGCCUCGGAGGUGCGGCUGCGUUCAUGACGCCGCCUUCGCUGGUGACACAUCCCCGAGAAAUGCGCAGCAGCAGCAGUGCAUCGCGUCGAGCAGCCGCAGCUGUUGUGCCACGCGAACGCCGGUUCGUCUUCAACAUGGCGAAUGACGAGGCGAGGGAGUCUGCCGUAGCGGCAAGCGGCGCUGAAGAGGCUGCGGAAAAAGCAGCGAAGUUGAGGGCCUUUGCUGCGGAGCUCCGGUUGCAGGCGGAGGAGUUGGAGUCAAAGAGGGACUCGGAGAAGCAGCAGGCGGCGCAGGAGGCGUUCGAUUCUUUCGACACGAACGAUGACGGGACGGUGGACGUGAAGGAGUUGAUCGCAGGGUUGGAGGGGCAGCUCAGGAAGGACUUCAUCAAGCGCAUGACCAAGACGAUGAAGAGGAAGCCUUCCCCGGCUGAGGUCGACGAACGGAUUUCGGAAAUGCCCGGUGGUAGUCUGCUCCCGAUGGAGCUGGCGCAAAAGCUGAUCGAGAGUUACGACACCAACGGAGACGGAGUCCUCCAGCCGUCAGAGUUUGCCUCCAAGGCGGAUAUGCGGGUCAGGCUAGACAGCCUUUUUGCCGACCGUGCACAGGAGGCUCGGUUGGAAGCGGCCGCCGCAAGAGAGAGGGAAAUCGAGAACAGGGGGGCAGACAAAGCGCGGCAGGAAGCCAAGGCCAGGGGGCUAGCCCUACCAGAGGACUUCAACGACGGCCCCCCCACCAUCACAGACAAGCUACUGUCGGUCCUGCCGUACACUCUGCCUCUGAUGGACAGCCUCGUCUUCGGAGCCCACAUCUUCCAGACAUUCCCUACCCAGUUGAGCUUCUUGGAGCCUCUGGUGGCGAUUCUGCUUAUCUACCGGUCUCUUCCGUUUAGCGGACUGAUCCUGUUCUUCGGCCUGCAGUGGUUUGCUGCGAAGCCGGAGGUGAACAAGCUGGUGCGGUUCAACCUCCGGCAAGCGGUCAUCCUCGACAUCGCCAUGUUCUUCCCGUCCAUAUUCGCCUUCAUCAUCACGUCCGUCCUGGGCGAGGACUCGGCGAAACUCGCCCCCCUCGCGACCGUCUGCAACGACGUCAUCUUCGUGACGGUGGUGGCCUGCGUGCUGUACUCGAUAGCUUCGUCCGCCAUCGGGGUAUUGCCGGAGUCGUUGCCCAUUCUCGGGAAGAUGAACAGGGAGAGCACUCGCGCCAAGGAGGACGAUGGCGAGAAGGACGACGGCGAGAAAAGCGACGAGUAG